CAAAACCCGGGUCCCCAUUAUGGAUCGUUUGCGGUUCUGUGGGAUCUUCAAGAUGGAUGACUCUCUCUUGGGUACCUGGACCAAAUACAUCGAAGAGAGCGAUGAAAAGUUCUUUCGGAAGUUUGUCAAAGGCUUGGUCACAUCCUGGGAGCGAACCGUUAGCCCCAAUUGGGAUAUGCUCGUGACCAGCCGUUUGGAAGGGCAUCGGGAAGAGGGACCCGCCAUCCAUGAGCUGCCCGAGGAGCUCCUGCCUGCCCUCAGCAAAUUUCUAUUCAUCGGCAAGGACGAGGCCGAACAAAGUGCAAUCAACGCAAAAUCCAUCGGGCACAGCAAGGACAUUAUCAAGUGCUUGAUCAUCAUUUGCCGCUUGCCGGAUAAUAUCCCGUUGGUGUCCUCGAUGGACUUCGUACAAAUGAUCACCCAAAUGGACUCUCUACUACUUCAGCAAUUGCUCGAUAUGGAAUCGUCCUUCUUCGCCAGAAAGGUCAAGACGGAAGUGUCCCAGCAGAAGCUCCGAGAUGAGAUCCUCGACUUUAUCGUUCAAAGUUGUCACUUUCUCGAGACCAUCUACGACCCGCAUUUUCGAUACCGCACUUUUCUAUGCGGCAAAGAGCCCGAAUCCGAGAUUCAGAUCCCCCCCAGUCCUAUAGCAUUGCACCAAGAAACUAUUCCCUUUCUUUACGAGAGUUUUGAGACGGCUUUGGCCGAUUGCUUCCCGGAUUUAGCCCAAGAAAUGUUAACCGUGUUUGGUGCCAUCAUUUCCGGCGCUCGACAUAACGCCAUUCGGGCCAUUUCACCCGCCACCACCAAGAUGAUCUCGAAGACCAUUCGGGACUCGGACACCAACGAGCAGGUCCACAUCACGGCCAUCUAUUGCUCGGCCAAGUCCAUCCGGAUUUUGCACGAGGUGCCCAUGGAGGAACGCCAAUUGGAUAUUCAGCUCCUCAUCGAGCAAUACCAACAGAUCUUGAGCUCAGUGAGCUUGAAAUCCACGGUGAGUGUGGCCACAUUGGUGGAGGGUGUGGGCUUGCUUUCGCGGGUGAUGACUGUCAAGAAACCCGCUGAAUUGAAGGAGUUAUUGGCCAAGAACGCCCUCAUCCAAACGUUACUCGAAGUCAUUAAGGAUUCGCAACUCGAUACCGAUAAAAAAAGGAUCUUACUUCCGGUUGUGAUAGACCGUCUGGGACUUUUGCUUAAGAACUGUGAGCAUGCUUGUCAGAAAAUGAUCAAAAUCGACGGAUACUCGAAACUAUUCGAGGUUGUGAACAGCUUGGGACCCCCGGAUAGCAAUAUUUUGAAAUCCAUCCUGGCCAUCUCUACCCAUGGCGAGGACCCGAAUGGCCAACUCAACCUCAUCAAGAACAUCGAGCCCAUCACUUAUCUCCUCAAGUGGAUCUCGGAAACCGACUACGAGAACUUGGAGCAGCAAGUGUGGCUCAUGGAAAGCUUGAACUCGCUCUGUGGUGCCAAUAUCCAGAAUAAGAUGCUUUGCUGCCAAUCGGGAGUGAUCCGACAGUUGGUAAAAGUUCUGAGUAAAUUUGAACGACUCCACGAGAAGAGCGCCAUCGAGAUUUUGAAACUCAUCGAAUCCUUGGGCACGCAUUCCAUCGAACCCGUCGAAUUGAAGCACCUCAUCGCCCUUCUUGAUCAGAGAAACGACGAUCAAGACGACAGGUUUCCCUACAAAAGUCAUGUGAUCCACGUGAUCUCGUCCAUGGCCAAGAGCGAUGGAUACGAGGUGUGUCGAGAAUAUUUCGAGAUCGGCAACGAUAUCAAGGGACUGAGUGUGCCCAAUAUCUGCCAAUGGACGGGUCCAGUCUCGGGUAUGACCUUUCACUGUUGGAUUCGAUUGGAAAAGACUCCGGUCUUUGACAAGGAGUUCCGACGUCAGUUGUACAGCUUUUACACCACCAACGGAAAUGGUUUCGAAGCCUUCUUCUCAUCGGAGGGUAUUCUUGUGGCUGCCGUGGCUCAUAAGAAGGAAUUUUUGGCCGUGCCCCUAGAGGGAUUUCCUUUGAAUGAUGAGAGAUGGCAUUGUAUUGAGAUUUGCCACGCACACGGUAAGGGUCCCUUUGGCAAAAGUACUGUGACGUUUUACGUGGAUGGAGCCAAACGCUUGGAGUGUGCUCUGAAGUUCCCCACUUUGAGUGAGCCCAUCUCGUAUUGCACCAUCGGAUCGCCCCUUCAACGAGGCAAUAUCCCCGCCCUGAACUCAGAUCAAUUGGGCAAGACCACCUUUAAAGAUGGACUCAUGGACGCCAUCAAGAUCGGGAUCCCCGGCGUGAUCAAUUUACCUUCGACCUUGAAAGGCUUUUCGAAUGACCCGCACUUGAAAUGGACACUUAUCGGACUCGAGAACCAAUUUUGGGGCCAACCCAUUUCUUUGGUAGGUCAGAUGGGGAUGGUCUGUUGCUUCCAGGAUGCUCUGACCCACCCUCAAAUUCGACAUCUGUACUCUUUGGGGCCAAAUAAUGGCCUGGCCUUCUCUCAUGAGGAGAACCCCGAAAUCUUGGACAUUUUGAAUCGCAUCGUGUUCUUCUAUUCGGCCAAGGCCAGUCAUAAUUUGUCUUGUCCAAAUCUCGUGAACCCGUCCAAAUUUGAAGCGCAAGUGUUCGCCCAAUCGUUUGGGACCCGAGAUGUGAAAGACGUGAUCAACUGCAUUGGCGGGGUCCAUGUGCUUUUUCCUCUUUUGGAAAAUGCGGCUUUGGCCGAUGAGAAUGAACCUGCAGAUACGAGUUAUCUUUCUCUCAGGGACGAAGAUAGUCCGGAGAGUCGUCGGGGCUCUGUCCAUCAAUCGGGGGAGGUCAGUGAUUGGGAAUUGGUCCCAUCGAGCUCGUUUUCCGAUUGGAAGUUGGAGCAAAACGCCAUUUCCGGAUUCCUCACUCUCGUCAAGAACCUGGUCACCAAUCACACGAUCAACAAAGAGCAACUCAUGCGAUGUGGAGGUGUGGCCAUCAUCGGAGCUCUCCUCCAAAAUGCCAAAGCCCACCUCAUAGAUGUGAAUGUACUAAUGGCCACGCAAUUAUUGGUGGAGUUGGCUCACGCCAGUCAAGAUCAAAAACUCCUGUUUCAGAUAUUUCAGCAUAUCCUGUUCGACUUCCGAAUUUGGUCCAAGGCUGAGUUUCACGUCCAGAUCGGUCAUAUCCAGUACUUAUCCACUAUCAUUAAGGACGACAGAAAACUUUUUCGCAAGAAGUUUGGUGUCCAAUUCCUGCUGGAUGUGGUUCGCAAACACUAUGGGGAUAGCGACGCACUUUCCAUCGAGGACUGUAAAACCAUCAGGGCCAGUCUUUUUGGCUUAAUCAAGUACUUUUUGCAAAGGGAAGUCACCUCCAAGGAGGUCUAUCCCCUCGUGUCAUUCAUCCUCGCUGAGAAGAACGGCCAGCUCUUAUUAGAAAUCUGCGAGAUGCUCACACUCUAUCUCGAGAAUCGUCAAGCAAAAGACCAAAUGUUUCUAGUCAUGUACGAAAGUCGACGAGCCGACUUGUUUCAUUGCCUUCUGUUGAGUCAGAAUCUUCAACGACCACAGCGUAUGGCACUUCAGAGGAUGCUCACGGCCAUUUUGCGCACGAAUCGGGUGUCCGUGCGGCAUAAGCAUCGCAUGCACUUGUUUGAGGCCCGAUACUUGGGCUUUCUCCACCUGAGGUUCAAGCGAGCCUCGGAGGAGUGUCCUGUGUUUAAGGAAGAGAUCCUGGUUUACACCGAUCAAAUGCUACUUUUUGACGAUGCCACCACUUUCCAAGGCAUCUUAGGUCUGGUCCAUCAUCUGCAAUGGUUCAAUUUAGACAUCAAGUUGGAGAUUGCUCGUCGGAUAAUGAGCUUCAUGUUCACCAGACCUGAUGUGCCCAUGCAAUUUGCCCGUCAAAUUGGAUGGCAAGAUUGCCUCACGCGUCUUCUCGUCAAAAAGAUCCUCAAACCAGACGCCGAGUCCAACGUCUCAUUAGACGAUAGCUCCAGUCUCGCCGGAGAUGAUUCUUAUGUGAUUAUGAGUGGAUUAACAUCCCCCUCCCAUUAUAUUGAUCGAGCCACGACCACGGCCAAACAUUACUUGCCCGUUCAUGCGGGUGAGGCGGUGGGUGCGCUAGGAUCGGCUGUGGGCGAUGUGGCCUCAAAAGUUGUCAGUAGCACCUCCAAGAAGGUGUCAAGUAAUGUGAACUAUGCCAAAGAUUUCGCGUCAGAGAAAGUGACCAACACCAUGCUCAUGACUCAGGGCAUGGUGUCCCAAAGAAUGGCCUCCGCUCAGGAGCGAGUGACCUCCACCAUGAGUAAGACUCAUCAAUUCUUAGGAGAUCUGAGUGAGCGCGCUUCCUUCUCCAGGAAACGUUUGGGCAGCAUUUCAUCGAUUGGAACCAAUGACGAGUCCCUGAUGCACGAGAAUCGCUCCAUGACCCCGCAGUACAUGAGCACCUACAACUUCGAGAUGGACGAUCUGGCUCCCAAGUCGACCUCCACCAGUUCGGAAGAUGUGCGCGACACGGCCUCGUCCUCACCCACGCGCAUGCAUGACUGCAUCUCCGAGGAAGUUCACGACAUGGAGAUGAUCAACGAGGAGCUCAUCAACGAGCUCCACCGAAUGGGAGUCAAGAAAACUGACGAUGUCGGCCACGAUCGAGAGGAAGAGUUGUGCCAACUAGCCAUCAAUAUCCUGUUCACCGUCAUGUGGAGAGGUCUGCAUGGUGCCAGCGAAGCCGUCAUCAAAGAGCGAGGUCAAGUGAUAGCCUGCAUCAAUAUGCUUGGGCUGAACAACGAAUUAUUUCGAAGCCAUGUGGAUUUGAAAAGACGAUUGGUCGAGAUGUGCAUUCAAGCCGUGUUAUCGGAUGUAAGGGACAAGUCCCAAGUGAAUUCUGAUUGUACAGCCAUGGCUGAGCAUGUGAUGCAAUGGGCCUACGAUUUGGUUGUGUUGGAUCCUUAUGGAAAGUUCGACAAGAAGGUCUCGGAAUCCCUGCUGGAUGGCAUUCUAGCCAUUGUGGAGAGCUUCAUGGUGUUUCAAGAGGGCAAUUCUGAGACCGAAUGGAGUGUCAUGGCCAAGAUGGCCUUGGAUAUUUUGCUGAAAUGCGCGGAUGAAUCGGGUGAUAUUGAAUUGUGCACAAUGGCCACAGCCAAAUUGCACGCUCUGGUCCAAACUCGCGCGUCGAGUAGUGUCGAGGAAAAUGGUUAUCUGAUAUUGAGGGUGUCGAAAAUUAUCGAAAAGGUUCUCCAGCAUGAAGUUCAGCCCGUUGAAGAUAAUCAGGACCAUUAUUCAUUUAUUAUUCCGGUGUUGAAGGCCUUGUUAGAAAAAUCGCGGGAUCAACUUCAUCUUACCACAAACUUGCCUUCGAUCAAUUUGCGACAACCGAGUCCGACAUUCUUCGAGACCUUCAAGGCCUAUUCCCAAGGAGAGGAAUGGCGCUAUUUCCUUCAGAAAAAAGUGACCCCCUACCACGAUGCAUUUUUGGCAGGUUUCCUAUCUGGAUUGCCACUUAAGAUGGACACGUUUUGGGCUGAGGGCUAUGAGCUGUCAAAAAUCGCCUCUCACAAGCGUAAUCGCGAGAUUGGCGAGAGCAAGCUCCGUUUUGAAAACAAAUAUCUGGAGCCCUUCCAUCGAUCAGUGCGACACGAAAAUGUUCGAUUCAAUAACAUGCUCAGCCAAGAGAUGUCCCACUUGGUUUUCAUCCGGAAACGAUGGCAAAUCACCAAGAGACUCUUCUUUGGACCUCGAGGGGCGUGGUACGAUGAUCGAGAGGGCUCACUCGACUUCUGGAAACUGGCCAACAACGAGAACUUUAUGCGAAUGCGGAUGAAGUUGAUUCCCAACAUGAACUUUGACCCUCAUCGGGAAGCCAGUGCUGCCCGAGACAAUGUCAAGAUCGAAGAGAAGAAGCCCAAGAAUGGAGGAGCCUUUCGGCUGAACAUCUCGAAAGAGGCCGUUCGCUCGAUCGAGGCCACCCCCGAUGACAGUUUGACGGAGGAAGAGCUCAAAUCGAUCGCCAUCGAGCAGAUGGAGACCACAAACGAGACCACAGAUGUUGAAAAGCAAAGCGAACGGCUCGUCUUCUCCGAAGAAUGCGAGCUUGUGACCUACAUGUCUGUGAUCAAAGGCACCUUUGAGCUCACCACGAAUUUUGUCUACUUCUUUGAUGCAAGCCCGUUCAAGGAGAAUGAGGACAGAUUCGAUUUUCGUUGGAGUCUCAUGCAAGUGCGAGAGAUGCAUUUGCGUCGGUUCAACUUGCGGAGAUCUGCAAUCGAAUUCUUUCUUUUGGACCAAACCAAUUACUUCCUGAAUUUUCCCAACAAGAAGAACCGAAACCGGGUAUACUCCAAAUUAGCUAGUAUGAAACUUCCAUAUCUGGUCACGAGCUCGAGUCGAUCCCCGGCGGAUCUGCUCAAAUCAUCGAAUCUGACUCAAAAGUGGGUGAAUCGAGAGAUCUCCAAUUUCGAAUACUUAAUGCAACUCAACACCAUUGCUGGACGGUCCUUCAAUGAUCUGUCCCAAUAUCCGGUGUUCCCCUGGAUUCUGGCCGAUUACGAGUCGGAAAAGCUGGAUUUUCACAAUCCCAAAACCUUCAGAGAUCUAUCCAAGCCCAUUGGAAUUCAGAAUGAGAAGCACGUAGAGGAAGUCCGAUCUCGGUUCCAAAGCUUCGACGAUCCGGCGGGAGUGAUCGCCAAAUUUCAUUAUGGCACCCAUUACUCGAAUUCAGCUAUGGUGCUACACUAUUUGGUUCGAGUUGAACCUUUCACAUCACUCCAUAUCGAACUUCAAAGUGGACGGUUUGACGUGGCUGAUCGGCAAUUCCAUUCGGUGCCUCAAACUUGGAAAAGUCUCUUCGAGAAUCUCAAUGACGUCAAAGAGCUUAUUCCGGAGUUUUUCUACUUUCCCGAGUUCUUGCAGAAUUUGAACAACUUUGAUCUUGGUCGUCUUCAGGGAAAGAAGAACCGGGUGCACGAUGUCGUACUACCCGCAUGGGCCAAGACACCUGAUGACUUCAUCCGAAAACAUCGAUUGGCUUUGGAAUCAGAAUAUGUGUCGGCUCACCUCCACGAAUGGAUCGACUUAAUCUUCGGGUGCAAGCAAAAAGGCGAAGCUGCGGAAAAAGCUCUUAAUGUGUUCUACUACUGUAGUUAUGAGGGGGCGGUUGAUCUGGACGCCAUCUCGGACCCAGGAGAGCGUGAGGCCAUCGAGGGAAUGAUAAAUAACUUUGGCCAAACUCCUUGCCAACUUCUCAAGGACCCCCAUCCCCAGAGACUGCUUCUUCCCGAAUACAACAAACAACGGGAGAUUGCCAAGCCUGGUUCCUUCAAGGUGGACAUGUUCCUCAUGCCACACCUCUGGAAGCCCUACUUCAUCGAAGUCUCGUCUGAGCGUGAUCCCCUGAUUUUCGCCCAAGUGCCCAAAUCGCAAUACAAGUCGUUCAUUCAGUAUGGAACACCAGAUUCUUUGGUGACUUUGUCCGAGCAAUGCGUACUUGGCUCUCACGGUUGGCUCCCCUAUGAUCGAUCCGGAGAGAUUAUCUUCACGUUUGAAAAGGAUUUGACUUACACAAAAUCUCGCAAGCAAUUGCCCCUACCCAUGACCCCGAAUUUGCAACCCUCUCAGAAGCUUUUUGUGGUCUCGCCCGAUGCCAAGUACAUCUUUUUCGGUGGCCAUUGGGACAAUAGUCUGCAAGUGUUUAGUAUUCCCAAAGUGAAAGUGGUUUCCAAGGUGAUUCGUCACAUUGAUGUUAUCACGUGUGUGGCCAUGGACAGCACUGGGAACUACAUCAUGACUGGCUCAAGGGACAACACGUCUAUCAUUUGGGAGGCCUACCAGUACUCAAUCCUGACUCAGCCUGGCACCCUAGUUCCCAACCCGAAACCUCUUCAAGUAUUGUCGGGCCACGACAAAGCAGUCACUUGUGUGGCCAUUUCCACUGAAUUGGACAUGGCCGUGUCCGGAUCCGAAGAUGGUAGCGUCAACGUUUACACCGUCAAAGAAGGUCAGUACGUGCGAAGUAUUUUCCCACCCACGUACGGUGCAGACCCUUACAAGGUCGAUCAACUGAACCUAUCCUACCAAGGCCACGUGGUCUUCACUGGCCACAAUCGGGAUGUUCAUUCCCUCCACGUCUACACGGUGAACGGCCAUCUUUUGUCUUCGAGCUCGGUGGAACAUCGGAUCACGGCCAUCGGCGUGACUGCCGAUUUUGUGGUCACCGGGGAUGAGAACGGCGAGUUGAUUCUUCGGGAUCUUCUCACGCCCAAAAUGUUGUACAAGAUCAACCUUCAAUUGCCCAUUCAGGACGUGUCGUUCGUAGCUGGGAACACCCACAUUUUGGCGCCACUGCGAGAUGGAAGGCUCACUGUGAUCGGAUUAAAGCCCUCAGGAAAGUGAAUCAAAAGCAAAGAGAGCAAAUGUUUUGCUAAUAAAAACAGGGGAGGUUACUGAUGUUGUUGAUUGAUAAAUAUAUAUAUAUAAUUGUUUUCUUUUAUUUAUUCAAGAUAUCUUACACGUUUGCACGAAGGUUCCGUGGGAAUC